UCAGUGUGCGUAUGGCUCUAAGCGGAACACAGCAUAUAUUUAAUAAAAUAAUAAUCAAAUAGUUGUUUUUCUACGGACCAGAACGAGUUGUGGCCUGUAGUUUAUUUGUAAACCACCGCACCGACCCGCAGCUUCACACGCUGCCCCUGGCAGAGAAGAUGUUCCGCGGCCGGCCUCCGUUUAGAGGCUACCCGCCUCUUCCGAGGCCUCACCCGUCACCGGGUUACCGAGACGAUAGGGCCAGGCCAAGACUUCCGUACCACCAGGACUACCCGGAGUACCGGGACCACGGAGCUCCGGAUUCUUACCGCCGGAGGUACCCCUCCCCCGGCUAUGGAGGCCACCGUGCUGGGGACUUUUGGGCGGGGGGUUCGCCUCCUGAGAGGUCUCCGUCUCACCGAGGACCGGCUCAUAUGGAUCACAGCCUGGUCAUCAGUGUGGGGAACGAGCUGUCUGAAGCACCUGGAUCCGUCCCCCCGCCUCACCAUCAUGACAGAGAUUACCCUGCCCGACCCGAAUACGAGCGGAGUGGCAGCAGGAGCCGAAGUACAGGCCGGAGCCAUGGACGAAGCAAGAGCCGUCAUCGAGGCCAGAGUCAUAGUCCAGAUCAAAGACGGGCCAAGAGCCGUGGGAGGAGCAAGAGCCGAGCCAAGAGCCGCAGUCCUGACCGGAGCCGGGCCAAGAGCCGUGGGAGGAGCAAGAGCCGCAGUCCUGACCGGAGCCGGGCCAAGAGCCGUGGGAGGAGCAAGAGCCGCAGUCCUGACCGGAGCCGGGCCAAGAGCCGUGGGAGGAGCAAGAGCCGACCCGGUAGCAAGUCUAAAUCCAGGUCCAGAUCUAGAUCCCUGGGGAAGAGCAGAGGAAGAAGUCGCAGCCGACGUCACAGCAGUUCGAGUUCCAGCAGCUCAAGGUCCAUCAGCUACAACAGAGACAAGAGCGAUCCAAAAUUUGGUAAGGACUUCAAAGAGCUGGAGAUGGCCCGACGCAGAAAGGAGGUAGAGGAGCUGUUGGGUCAGCCGACAAAAUCCAUCCUGAAGAAACACAACAGUUACGAAGACUCACCAUCUUUUCAGAGGUCCGACUCGCCUGGAGAUCUGGACCGCACCAUGUCCCGUGUUGCUGACCAGCUGCUGCAGGCUGUUAAACUGAAUGACCCACAUGCUGUGGCUGCUGUGCUCUCAGAACUGCGGUCCGACCCGCAGAUGUCACAGCGGGCCAACCUCAACAAUGAAAUCAAAGAAAUCCUGAACCUGCUGGGCGUAUCAGAGCCGGCGGGCGGAGUUCCACAGAGAGUUGUGGAUGAGAUUGACGAUGAAGAAAAGUUCUUGUACGGAGAAUUAGAGGAGCCUAAAACCUUGGCAGCACCAGAGCCGGUCCGACACCACAGCCUGGAUCAGUAUGGAGAUGUGACGGAAGACUCGCUGUACUCCGAUCCUCCCUCACAGAGAGCCGUAGUCAGUCAGGUGUAUAGCUGCCCUCCAACCAUUUCACCUCAGCUUCAGGCCCCUCCCACUGUGAGCGAGAUUAACACAUACACGAGUCGGCCCAGCAUCAGUGCCGACCAGAACGUCACGGUACAGGUUCCAAACCCAGCCUACCCACCGGGGACGGAGCCACUGGAGGAGAGUGAGCGCCAGGCUUUGGAGGAGUAUGAGAAGAUCCAGGACCUGCUGAAGACCAUUGGGCUUGACCUGGGCGUGGGCGAGAUUAGCAAGAUGGCGGCCAGGACCAAGGAGCGCCUUCAUGGGAACAAGCAGCCUCCAAAGACUCCCACUCGGCGACGGCAUUACUCUUCUGGCAGCUCCGAUGGCAGCUGCCAUAGCCGAGGCCACAGGAGGCGGAGCCAGAGCGUCAGUUCAAGCAGCAGCAGCAGAAGUCGCGGUCGUGGGACCAAACGGGGGGGCAGCUGGAGCAGUGAGGAUCACGAGCCCAAGAAGAGCACAUCUUCUAAAACUCCCAAACACUGGGAGGUCAAGGAUUCAAAGAGCGAGUGGAGUACCCCAACGCCACCUCAAACCUCUGACCCCUCCCCCAUCCCAACUCAUACAAGCCUGCCCAUCCCCACCUACCCUCCCCCACAGCUCCCUGGUGUGAUGCCCCCAAACUAUCCCCCUCCAGGGUACGGCCAGUAUGGAAACUAUCUGCCCUACAUGCAUCAGCAGUGGCCCCCCAUGUACCCACCCCCUAACAUGGUUCUGCCCCAUCAGACCGCCACCGAUGACCCCCUACCACCUCCGACUUACAAAAAGCCUUACAACAAACUGACCCCUCAGGCGGGGUCUAAAGGUGUUGUGAGGAGCAUUUGUCAGGAAGAGCAGCGGCGCAGUCAGGACCAGAAGGUUUCUGACGAGCAGAACAACGAGAGCGAGAAACUAAAGGUUCUGGAGGAGCGUGAAAAGCUUAAGCAAGAGCGGGAGGUCAGAAUGACGAAGAAAGAGUAUCUGAUAAAGGAGCUGGAACGACUCAGGAAGCAGCAGGGCGAGCUGCUGAGAAAGAAGCGCCGUGAGAAGGACGGUCAUAAAGACCCCCUCCUGCAGGAGAUAAACCGCCUGCAGGAGGAGGUUAUGGCUCAGAUCUCCAACCUCCGCAAGGAGCACGAGGCAGCAGAGAAGAAACGCAGCGAGAUUGAGAAAGUCGCGCUCAUCCUUGGCCUUAGCCCAUCAGACCGGCCCAGUAAGGUCAGCAAGCAGCCCAAAAACCAGGAUCAGGAAGAGUGGCCUCCACAGAAGGAAAAACGGGAGCAGGAGAGGAGCCCUGAGGAGCAGCCAGCUACCAGCAGCUCUGCGGUAAAGCUAACCCCGAUGGCUUCGUCGAAGGCCUCCCCUGAAAAGGUGCUCUCCACUGCCUCGCCUCUGGCGCUGACCCCUGACCCCUUUGAAUACUAUGAUGCUGGAAACCACUGGUGCAAAAACUGUAACAUCACCUCCGGCUCCAUGUUUGACUUUUUCACGCACUUGCACAGCAAAACGCACCGAAAGACUUUGGAUCCAUAUGACCGGCCUUGGGCCUCCAGUCCAACCAAGAUCUCCAAGACCAACACCGGGGAGGUCAAGCUGACCAAACCAGCCAAAGGUUCGGAGUUCCUGGUUCCGGUCAGAGGUUUCUUCUGCCUGUUGUGUAAGGAAUUUUUUGGAGAUGCCAUCUGUGCUGAGGAACAUGUCAUCACACACACUCAUAAUGAGAAAUACAAGAAACAAAUGUUGGAGAAUCCCCUCUACGAGCAGAGGAGGAACCUGGACCGGCAGGCAGGCCUGGGUUUGGAGGCGAGUGGAAAGAAACGCAAACAUGAUGACGAUAAAGGCAGCAAAGACAGAGAGGAAAAGACCAAAAACAAAAAAGAUAAAAAGGACAAAAAGAAAGAAGAGGAGUCUGCUGAGAACUGGGACGAAAAGACAAAAGUGAAAAAAGAGGAAGAGGAGCAUAAAGUGAAGCCAAGCAGAAAGAGCCUAGAGGAAGACAAGUCUUUUCACAGCAAGAAAGAUGAGGACGAAAAGUAUAAAUACAGCAAAAAGGAUGAGAAAUGCCACUACAGCAGAGAGGACGAAGACAGGAACAACCGGUACAGAAACAGCAGUCGAGAUGAAGAGUAUCGGUAUUGCAAUCGCAAGGAUGUUGAUAACAGAUAUGACGAUUACUCAAAGUAUGGCACUAAAGACACAGAGGACAAAUACAAGCAUGAAAGAUGUUCAGAUGCCAGAUCUAAAUGUGACAUGGAGCGAGAUGCAGGAAAGCCUAAAGCAGAAAGGGAGUUCGAUAAACGAGGAAUGAAACCAGAUGUCAGAAAGUCUGAACCUUCGUUAAAGCCCUACGACCUGCCCAAAAUCUUCUGUGGACCCAGUCCAGCCAUGAGGGCAAAGCUCCGCAAGCAGGCCCUAGAAGCUGGCAAAGCACCACUCUCUGCAAGCAUGGGCACUUCAUUUGGGAAGUUCACGUGGAAGAAGAGGGAGAACCAGCUUGCAAAGGAAGCCGAGGAAGUUGCAGCAGAGUUCAUCAAAGAGGAUGAAAUGGCUGUAAAGGAGCAGUCGGGUGAAGAUGAGGAUUCUUUCUCAAAGUCGAUGGCGGCUGCAAAAGAGAUUGCUGAGAAGCUGGCAGGUGAGCAGCUCAAACCUCCACUUUGGUACCAGCCUGGUCAAGGACAGAUUCGGCCAAACCUCCGUGCACCUGUCGCACAGCUGAGGAGACCUGCCUUGGCAGGAAAACCUGCAUCACUUAAUACAUUCCUGAAUAUUAGACCCCAAAGCACUGAUGGAAGUUUACCAGGACCUAGUCCUAGGGCCCCUUACAGUCUUCCAAUUCCCCAGAUAUCCCAUAGCAAACCUGGGCCUUUGGUAAAGACUCCUGGACCGUUGGAGCAGAUUUCUGCGCCUGGGGAAACUAAACCAGAGCCGUUUGGUCCUAAACUCCCCCCUUCAAUGUCGAAACCUGAACCAUGUCAGGCAAUUUCUGCAUUAGCAGGUUCUAAAGCUGAUUCGGCUGAGUCAAAACCACCAGCAUCUAAUGCAAAACAAGAUCCUGAAUUUCCCACACCUGCUACGGUCGAGUCUAAGCCCGCACCCGUUAAGGUUAAACCUUCAAUCGUUUCUCAAGUUUCUCCUGUCCCCUUAAGAACAGAAUCCUCAGAAAUGAAAUAUCCUUUACCACAAGUUAAAGCGGCUACCUCUCAGGCUCCCACUGCACCAGUCAUUUCAUCCAAAGCUACACCAUCACAGCCAGCAAUGAUAAAGAUCGUGUCUGAUGUGGCAGCUCCUGGUGUCCCGGAAAGUGAGCAGACUCGCACUGUGUUCGUCAAACCACCUCCGUUCAAGAACAUGUCAGAGGGACCUCGCAAGUCAGAAAAACCCAAGAGUAACCUGGCUGCAGCCAAGGCAAAGGACUUAUUUGACAUCUUCUACAGCAGUAUUGGCCAAUCAGGGCCUUCCUCUUUCUCUAAAACAGAAUUGGAUAUCGGAGCUGGUAAAGGUUCUCCUUCAGCCCCUCAAGCAUUACAAAUCCAAACCCAAUCACAGCCCCAGCCACCAAAUAAACCCCUAUCUCAACCCCACACCCAACCACAGCCCCAAGAUAAACCUGAAUCCCAACCACAGCCCCAACCACCAAAUAAACCCCUAUCUCAACCCCACACCCAACCACAGCCCCAAGAUAAACCUGAAUCCCAACCACAGAUCCAACCACAGCCCCAACCACCAAAUAAACCCCUAUCUCAACCCCACACCCAACCACAGCCCCAAGAUAAACCUGAAUCCCAACCACAGCCCCAACCACCAAAUAAACCCCUAUCUCAACCCCACACCCAACCACAGCCCCAAGAUAAACCUGAAUCCCAACCACAGAUCCAACCACAGCCCCAACCACCAAAUAAACCCCUAUCUCAACCCCACACCCAACCACAGCCCCAAGAUAAACUUGAAUCCCAACCACAGAUCCAACCACAGCCCCAACCACCAAAUAAACCCAUAUCUCAACCCCACACCCAACCACAGCCCCAAGAUAAACCUGAAUCCCAACACAAGGAACUCGCUCAAACUAAAAAUGAACUCUCAGAUAAACCUCAGGAUCAAUCAAAACCUCAAACAAUGCCCCAACAGCAGUCUCCAUCACUCUCCCACUCUCAACUUCCAUUUACAGUCCAGACCUCUCUACAGAACCACUCAAGCACUAGCUCUGGAAGCCCACAAGCCCAGACUAAUGCUGACAUUCAAAUCACAUCUGUUUGGUCUCUUCAGGCCACCACAGCUCCAACAGCUAAGGCUGUUUGUCCUGAAAUAUCUGUACCAGCGUUUCAAUCAAAACAGACUCCACCAGCUUAUACUGAGGGUUUGCCUCAAAGCCAGCCCACUACUUCUGAGCCUGAAACCCAAAUCCGCCCACAGACUAAGCAAGCGCCACUGGAACCAACAGCUGAAGCACCAUCCAAAUCACCUCCUCAAAUCCAAGAGGAGACGCAGGCUGAACCUCAGAUAGGCCAGGAUGCUAAUUCCCAUCAAGAAGUCACUCCAGAACCACAACCUAAACCCAAACCAAGUCCAAGAACCAGAGGCAAGGCAGCACCAAUGAAGAAGAACCCUCCUGCUGCUGCUCCUGUUCGUCAGACUCGCUCCCAAACCAGAUACCAGACCCGCCAGCAGCAGCAGAGUGAACCAGAACUCGAACAGGAAUCAGCUGCAGGGGACCGCAACACUACGCUGUCAGAAACUAAAGGUUUGGAGUCUUCUGACACGGUCAAAGAGACUGAUCCUCCAGGGACGGAGGUCACCCCAGAAACAUUGGGUCUCCAUUCAGAAAUGACCUCACUGGACUACAAUUUUAGCUUUGAGUAGGGUGUCUGGGGUUCUGAGUGUUUGGAGGGACACAAAGAUCUGGGUCUUAUUUAUUUACUGGACAGGAGGACACAAGUUCAGAAACCUUCCACUGUUAAAAAGACCAGACUGAUGUAAAUUUCAAUAAGUCCUCCUGAUUUUACCUUUCUGAAGGCCUGCGGGUACAAAGCAGAGACUUUAUUAUCUUCCACAAUGCUCUCCCUGAAACCUGCUGACUCCUCAGUGAUCUAGAGGCUACAGCUGUACAUGGGACUCCUGUUUUCCACCAAUAAAAUAUUUUUAUGUUUUCAAAAUCGCCAUUCUGCUCACUGUAGCUUUCUGUUCUUUGCAUUUAAAGUCACUUUCCUCGUAAGAAGUUCAAAUGAAGACCGGCGGUUCCUUAUGUUUGUGCUUGCAGAUGUUUUUAGAUGUAAUAUUUGCUUCUUUCAGCAGAGUUUUAAUAAAGGUUGGCAGAUAAUUUUCUGAA